AUGAAAACUAGAAGAUCAAUCUCAGCUCAACCCUCAUACUAAUCUGAGGAAGACUAUAUAGAGAGAAAUAAGCAUAUUUGCAAAUCAAUUCAUCCCAAGUUAACAUUUCGAUAGAUUAGAAAUAAAUUGUCAUCUGAAUGGAAUGUUUUAUCUAAUAAACCAAAAAAAUAAACUAGAUUAGAUGACUUUGUCAUUCAAAUAAGUUCAUCCCCUAACCACAACGAAAAGCCAAUCCCACAAAAAUAAUAAAAAAAGACAACUAAAUAAAAAUAGCUAAAAAAUCAUAAAAUUAGUAAAAAUUAAAAGCCACUAUAAAAUAAAAAAUUGAAGUAAAUAACUAUCUCUCCUCCCCCAAAGCAAGUACCAAGUAUUGUAAUUACUGAUUCCGAAUCUUUAAAAAUUAGUUUGUCUUCAUAAGAAGAAAAGCAACCUAUUGUAAGAGAGAAUCCUGUAAUAAUUUCUACUAAUAGUCUCCAAAUUAAGGAACCUAAUUAAUAACCUUAGAAAACAUUACCAAGUAUAAAAAAGGAAGAAUCUAAGUGUAACUUCCAAGAAAAGCAAUAAAUUUCAAAAGAAAACAAAAAACCUAAAAUAAAAUUACCUAUUUAAAAAUUGAAGCUAAGAAGAUUAAAAAAAUUAAGCAAACUCAAAUCAAAAGGUAAACCUGGAAUACCUUCAGAGUUUCAACCUGUAUUAGCAUAAGAUUUUAUUAACUCAGUCAAAACAAUUGAUCAUGUUAGCAUGAUUACAAUUUCAAAUUCUUAAGUUGAUUAAGGUUAAGUGGGAUUAGAUGAAAUCAAAAGCAUUGUAUCUCAUACAUAUGGAAUAAUAGAUCACGGAUUAAGUAAUUCUGAAAGAUUGAAUUUUUAAUUGUUUUUUGAAGUUGAAUUUUAACCUAAAGAAAAUGGAUAUGUUCCAAAAAAUACAUUUUGUACAUCUAAGCAAGCUGCCUUUUAUUGCAAAGAGAUGACUUUGGAAUAUAUAUCAAAACACAAAGAUAUAUUUACUUAAAAUGAUGAGUAUUAUUUGAAAUGA